AUGAACGGUCAAAGCAGUGAAUCGAGUGCUCUGGUCCCGCAAUGGGGCCACGAUCAGAUCUCUCGACUCGCCCUACACGGCACUUUACAAGUAAGUUUGGAGAUGCAUUAUGAUGCCAUUAAAAAUUUGAGUAACAUUGCAUUGUAGUAGUCACGAAAAGCAACAUUUUAGAAUCCGCCGUCGUCAGUUGCACUGGCUUCGAUUCCAUUUUCAACGGCAACGUCGACCACAUUGUCGUCAUCCCAGCUCUUCCAGCAGAUGUGUUUCCUCCAGAAUCAGCAGAGUACCGAAAAUUCCUUCGACCCAGCCACUUUGAACAACAACAACAACAACACAAAGAUUGCAGAUUCCUUGGUUCCAGUCAGGUCAAUGGAAGUCGCAGACACACCCAUGGGCCAAGAUGAGACCGCCCAGUUAUUGCUUCGCUUUUCGCAGAACGUGAGCCGUACGCCAACAGCCUCAACCGCAACAAAUUCCCCUUGUCCAACACCAUCGACGCCUACCAAAACCCAGAAAAGAACUUUCUUCAGAGCCCCUGGCCUUGAAGCGCCAUCCGCAGCUGAAGCUGGAGAGAGUGGGGGUCUUGUUUGUCCUGUGUGUUCGUUUGGAUGUACCUCCAGAUUUCAUUAUAAUUCACACAUGAACACCCAUGGAUGUCAUCGAUGUCAAGUUCCGUCUUGUAAUUACACCUCGAGGACCGAAGGCCGUCUAAAGAAGCAUAUGAUGGACUCCCAUACAGCUGAACAGCGCAAAAGUGUGGGUUUCAAAGUCAGCAACAGGGAAAAUAACAACAACGACCGGCUUUCGAACGCUUUGGAUCAAAUGAAAGCAUUGACCGAAGGCGGGCCCGUUCCCGACAGCCCUCCUCAACGACGGCCCAGUGUGAAGCCGAAGCGUUACAAGUGUAAGCAUUGUGAUCACAUCUCCACAAACCGCGACGAACGCUACAUGCAUUCCAAGAUUCACAUUCCAGUGGAAAAACAACUGACUUGUCCACAUUGUGAAUUUGUUACCGAGUAUAAGCACCACAUGACAUAUCAUAUGAAGAAUCAUGCUGGAGCCAAGCCCUUUAAGUGCAAUAAGUGUGAAUACACAUGUGUCAACAAGUCCAUGCUUAACUCUCAUAUGAAGUCUCAUGUUCCGUUGUAUCAAUUCAAAUGUAGAGAUUGCACUUAUCAGACCAAAUACUGCCACAGUCUGAAGAUGCACAUAUUUAAAUACAAUCACGAAAGAGAUCCAGGAGCUGUUGGAACUGAAGAAGAAGAGGCCGCUCUGAUGGAUGAGGCUUUGGGCGAGGCAAUGGAAACAGAAUCCAAGAAGAACGUCGACCCGCCUUCUCUCGAUUGCGAACCCAAGGAAAUCAAUUUCAAUUGCAAUGACAAAGCUGGAGAUCCGCCAUUGCCUGCUCCUCAGCCAGUUCAAUCCAAUCUUCUUCUCCAGCCUCUCCUCAACCAGAACAAUCAUUCCUUCCAGAUUGCGCAACAACUGUUGUUUCCUCCGGAGAGAAUGCAGGAAUUGGUUCGAGCUGCUUCUAAUAUGCUCCAAAGACACAAGUGCGACCAUUGUGAAUUCACAACUCUAAGUUCUCAAGAAUUGGCUCAACACAACUUGAAUCAUUUUUAUAAUCAAAAGCAGCAGUACACGAAUAUGAUCAAUCUUCUUGUCCAGCAGCAACAACAACAACAAUCUCAAUCAAUGUUGACCGCCGAUCUCCUGAGGAAUACUCUUGCAAUGAAGCCGCAAGAACUUCGUCAAGAUACUCAAAGUAGUAUGCCUGAACUCAAGAUUGAGCCUGAAGCUGAAGCCAUCGUAGUGAACUCUCCACUUCAUCGUGAUGACGAAGAUGAAAAACAUUCCAACUCUCAUAAGUCCAUGUCACCGACCAGAGAAGAAGCUUUUGACGAAGCUCAUGACAGAAUAGCGUCCACUCCUCUACAUGAAGCAACAUCUCCAAGUGCUGAAUGUUCAGCAUCUCCCUCCGACUCUCACAAAUCUAUGGAUAAUGUGAGUAGUCGAGGAUCCCCGAACUCAUCCACAACAACGACCCAUUCUUCAAACAAGAAGGGAUCCAAGGUUGAUGAGAUUUCUGAGCGACUUCAACGAAAGACAACGCCUGACUCGGAAGACAGAACUUCACCAAAUGACACCGAUCCUCACUCAUCGUACAUACAGGUAUGUCAGAUAGGAAAUAAAGACAAAGCAUCCAUUCAGGGGCAAGAACAUCAUCAAGGAGAGGACAAGUCCAGAUUUUCGGUUCUCUUAAAUCAAUUAAAUUCUGCACAUGGGGCGGUAAGUAACGGUAGAGCCUAUCACUUGAUCCAUAUUAUUGGUAUUUGAUGCCAUGGUUGCAGAAGUGGCCUCACACUUGUCAGCACUGCAUGGUGGCUUUCCAAGACCGAGCCCUCUAUCAAAUCCAUAUCGGUUAUCACACAUACGAAUCUCCAUUCAAGUGUAAUAGAUGUGGCCAUGAGGCCAACUCGUCCAUGGAAUUCACCCUCCAUCUCUACCAUGCUAAACACUAA